AUGUCCUCUCGAGGCAAGGGGCAAUCAUCAAAAGUGCCCUCUAAGUCCCAGGCCCCUAUCCAUCCUCCCGUUGCUCCACAACUUCCUGUCGACCUUGGUUUAAAAGUUAACCCGGACUUGAAGAAGAAAAAGCCGGUUGAGUCCCUCGAGGAAGGCGAGGUGGGCCCUCACCAGGAUAAACAGCAAAAGACAACCCGUGAGCAGAAGGACAAAAGGGCUCCAUCUGUAGAGAGGCGAAAAGAGACGGAGUGGGCCGAGGUGUGCGUUACUUCACAUACUUGGAGCCUGAAACUCGAAGUGGAUGGAGUCGCCAUUCCCUAUACUGAUUCGAUUACUCAACAAGUGUUUGUGGCCGAGGAGUAUUGCCGCAGCAAUCGCAAGUUAGCUGACGUUGAGGCUCUCUCUCGUGGCGAGGUGGAGAAGGCAUUAGGGCCCCUUAAGCAAGAGCAUUAUGAGCUCUCUGAGAAGCUCAAAGAGGCUGAGAAAGGCCGCAGGAGCGCUGAGGUUGGCUUGAAGAAUGCUGAAAGUCAAGCCGAAGACCAGCGACAAAAACUGUACGUGACCGAGACCAACCUCGCCACUGAAAAGCAAACAGUGUUGGAUCUUAAGGUCGCAUUGCAGAAAGCCAAGGAGGAGGCUCGGCUGGCCAAGGAAGAGGCUCAGCUAGUGAGGGAAGCAGUCGAGGCUGAAAAGAAGGCUUCUUAUCAGAUUGGGGCGGAUAUUUCAUGGGCUCAUGCUCUUAAUGCUGCAGGGAUCCCUGCAGACUCGACCUUGAGAUUGCUUGAGAAGGUCUUCUUCCCUCCUGAGAUCCGAGAGAUUCCUGAUGAUGCCACUGAAGCUCCCGAGCAGGCUACGGUUGUUCCUAAUGCCAUCCCCCUAGCUGAAACUGUUGGGGGUUCUGGUCAAGUAGCCGUUCAAACCGAGGAUGUGGAAGGAGAGAAAAACAAGGGCAAGGGCAAGGGAAAAAGAACCUCCUCUAAGGCCAAAGAUCCUGCUAAGGAGUCAGUCAUCGAGGAUCACGGGGCAGAUUCCCAAGUUAAGGACAUUCCACCUCCUCAGCUAGAGCAAAAAGAGAAUUUUGCCGAGGUUUAG